AGGCGCGGCCGGGCACAGCCGCGCACGGCGCCUCCGUUGGCGGCUAUGGCGGGCUCGGAGCGGCGGCGGCCGGGAGGCCAAGUCCAGUUGGAUAGUAGACCUGUAUUAACCACCACAGAUGGAAAUCUGAACAUCACAGAAGUAGAUGCACUUGAUAAAAGCAAUAAACAAACACUUGACUCUGUUGAGCAGUACAAAAUGAACCACCAAAGAAGAGGAGUUGCAUUAAUCUUCAAUCACGAGCACUUUUUUUGGCAUUUAAUGCUGCCAGAAAGACGUGGAACUAUUGCAGACAAAAAGAAUCUGACAUGCAGUUUGACAGACCUUGGAUUUGAAGUCAGAUGCUUUGAUGACCUGAAAGCAGAAGAUAUGCUGGAGAAAAUUUAUGAUGCCUCUGCAGAGGACCACAGUGAUGCUGACUGCUUUGUAUGUGUGAUCCUGAGCCAUGGCGAGAAUGAUCAUGUUUAUGCAUAUGAUGCCCAAAUCAAAAUUGAAACAAUCACAAGCAUGUUCAGAGGAGACAGGUGCCAGAGUCUGGUGGGAAAGCCUAAAAUAUUUAUCAUUCAGGCAUGUCGAGGUGAUAAACAUGAAGAUCCAGUUGCUGUUCGUGAUUUAGUAGACAGUGCAGAGAACGAAUCCAUUGCCAAUGAGACUGAAGUGGAUGCAGCAGGUGUCUAUACCCUGCCAGCUGGUGCAGACUUCCUCAUGUGCUACUCCGUGGCACAAGGGUAUUUUUCUCACCGUGAAACUGUGAACGGCUCCUGGUACAUUCAAGACUUGUGUGAGGCACUUAGAAAUCAUGGCUGUUCCUUGGAAUUCACAGAACUUCUCACUGUUGUUAACAGGAAAGUGUCUUAUCGCAAGGUAGAAAUGUGCAGAGAUAUUAACGCUAUAGGAAAGAAGCAGAUUCCUUGUUUUGCCUCAAUGUUAACUAAAAAAUUGUAUUUUCAUCCAAAAUCUAAGUAGAUAUCUAUCAACGAUGAAAAUUACUGAUUAAUGCUCACUGCAGAAAAAUUGAAUGCCAUCUUAGUUCAGGAAACUAGUACUGUGCAUUUUCUGCAGUCUAAAUUUAUUCCAAUCUUGAAAAUAAUUCUAACAAGAUUAUUCACAAAAAUAUUAGGAUUAAACUUCACAGUUCUUCUGUAUAUUAGUUUACAAAAUCUUAAUCUGGUGCUGCAGCUCUGUUCAUCUCAGGGAAUCUGGGAAAAGCUGACUGGUACAAAACCAGUAAGAGGUGCUCAGAUUUUAUUAAAAUAAGCCUCUUUACAGAUUUUUUUUCUGACUCUCAUCUAACUAACUAUGGUGCAUUUUACUGUUUCCAAAACUUUUUACAUGCUCCAUUAGAGCAGCUCUUCUUGCUCCAAGAGCUCCCCUAGUUUACAGAUUAUAUAUACCCUUUUUUAGGGCAUCUUUAUAAAUGUUUGGACACACACACAAUGAAUGUAUGGACAGUGUUGGUUUUGGUACAUGCCAAACUUGCAUGUCCACCUUUAAUUUUAUGUGGAUUUGUUAAGCUUUUUAGCCACAACUUUCAAAUUUCUCCUAACUAGGAAAAGGCACUACUUUAGUACAAUUGCUGUAUUGAAACUAGCCCUAUAAGAAAGGGCUUCUUUUUGCUUGCACUUCACUUACGUUUACAGUACAAUUAAAGCUUGCUUGUGCUUUGCAUCCUUGGGAAUAACACAGGCAUCGGCAAACAGACUACAUAAAGCUUGCUUUUAGUGUUAGCUUAAAUAUACUUUGAUUACAAAUACAUUCCUUGACAGGGGUAAGUUAGCCUCUAAACCUAAUCACUUCCAGUAUCACUUAAAACUCUCCUGGACAUCUCUCACGGGCUUUCCAAAAUACAGCAUAUUCAGGCCUUGCUGUUGGAUUAACCUCCUUCUCCCCUUGGCCCCUCUAUGCACUAUUAAGUGAUAGUACCUCAGCCACCAUAGGAUGUUUCCAGUUGUUACUGUAGAAGCAUUAGGAAUUUAGAACAUGCUCAAGGGAAGCAAGUACUACUUUAUUAGUUUUUACAUUAUUGAUACAUACACUUAACUCUGGGACACAAUGGAGAACUCAAGCAGAGAAUAAAUAUCAUAGUUCAGUUUCCUGAGUAUAAAAUAAUUAUCUGCUUGUCUGCUUCACUUAAAUCCUCCCAUAUAGCAUGCUCUAAGUGACAGAUAUUAAAUCUUAUUAUGGCUACAUUUAUGCUUUGUAUGAAUCACGUAUGUUUGAUUGUUUUGAUAAGUUUAAUAAAAUGA